AUGUACGGGGAAAAAUCGAUUGUAUGUAAUAAGAGUUUUUCUCAAAGUGAGCAUCUGAAUAAACACAGUUGUGGUGAGAAGCCAUUUUCUUGUAGUAUAUGUAAUAAGAGUUUUUCAGAAAAAAGUAAUAUGACUAAACACAAUCGUGUUCAUACUGGUGAGAACAGUCUGACCAAACACAUUCAUGUUCAUACUGGUGAGAAACCUUAUUCUUGUAGUUUAUGUAAUAAGAAUUUCUCACGAAAAAGUCAUCUCACUACACAUAGUAGUGUUCAUACUGGUGAGAAACCUUAUUCUUGUAGUAUAUGUAAGAAGAGUUUUUCUUAUAAAGGUAGUAUGAAUAAACACAGUCUUGUUCAUACUGGUGAGAAUAUAUGUAAUAAGAGUUUUUCAGAAAACAGUCAACUGAUGAGACACAGCAUUGUUCAUACUGGUGAGAAUCUGACGGAACACAGCCGUGUUCAUACUGGUGAGAAGCCUUAUUCUUGUAGUAUAUGUAAUGCGAGUUUUUCAGAAAGAGGAACUCUGAAUAAACACAGUCUUGUUCAUACUGGUGAGAAUGUAUGUAAUAAGAGUUUUUCAAAGAGAGGGGCCCUGAAUGGACACAGUCUUGUUCAUACUGGGGAGAAGCCUUAUUCUUGUAGUAUAUGCAAUAAAAGUUUUGCACUAAAAGGUAGUCUGAAAAAACACAGUCGUGUUCAUACUGUUGAGAAGCCUUACUCUUGUAGUAUAUGUAAUAAAAGUUUUUCUCUAAAAUGUAGUUUAACAAAACACAGUCUUGUUCAUACUGAAAGAGGAACUCUGAAUGAACACUGUCUUGAUCAUACUGGGGAGAAGCCUUAUUUUUGUUAUAAUAAGAAAAUUUUGAAAAGAGUGUUUCUGAAUAAACACUGCCAUGUUCAUACUGGUGAGAAACCUUAUUCAUGUAUUGCAUAUAAUAAGAGUUUCUCACAAAAAGUAAUCUUACGGUUCACGGGCAGUGCUCAUACUAGAGAGAAACCUUAUUCUUGUAGAGCAUGUAACAAGAGUUUUUCAUUAAGAGGUAGUUUGACUCAACUUAGUUGUCUUCAUAAUGUUAACAAACCUUACUCAUGUAGUACAAUAUGUAAUAAAGCUUUUUCAAGAAAGAAUUAUCUAACUAGUCACAGUCAUGUUCAUGUUAUUUAA